AUGUCUUUGGUUGCUUAUCCUAAGCAGCAGAACAAAAUAGAAGGAAAGAUUAAGGCGUGCUGGAAUUCCGUACUUAGAUCAACUGCCAAAAAGGAUCUAGUUCAGAUUUCACCUCAGUUGCCUGAUCCUAUCGGUAUUUUCACGCAUGCCUUUACUAAGUCACCGACACGUUGUGUGUCUUUUCUAAGUAAGUAAGUUCUCAAACAACUUUGAACCAAUAUUUCUUCAAUGAAUAAAUUAUUUUCCUUUAAUAUGCAUUACAUUUAAUAUGUAUUACAUCGUCUUCUUUGAUUACCACUACGAAAUCAAGGCUCGGGAAAUAAAUAAAGUCGCUGUAGUAUCCAGCACAUAAUAAAGUGGACUGUUUUUAGAAAACAGAAACAAAAUGGGUGGUGGUUUGAAGUACACCUCGGCGUACCUCUUGUCUGCCAUGAAGCCGAUGAGGUCACGGCUUAUAGCAUCAAGGCCAUCCUCACAGCUGGUGGUCUCGACUUCGAGGAACACAUGAUCAGCCUGGUCUUGAAGAAGAUAGAAAGAAAGACCGUGCAGGAGAUCAUUGCGUCUGGUAUGAUGAAUAUUUCUUUGGAUGACAUGCGGCUUUAAGUGAAUUUACUUCAGAAGAGCUUUUUGUUUUUGGUAACAUUUAUUGAUGCCAUCACGUAUAAGUAUGCUCUUUUUGGUGAUUCUUAAUCUACAGUAGUUGUUUGAAGCGAUUGUCUUCGUCCCCAUUUAGAUCAUCCUCCGAAGGACUCCAAAUGCAAGCUAAAACAGGUCUGUCGAAGCUAGAAGCUUGCGGCGGAGGCGGCUGCGGCGGAGCUGCUGCUGGCGGAGCCACAGCUGGCGGUGAUGCCGGUGGUGCAGCUGAAGAGAUUAAGGAAGAAAAGGUUGAGGAAGAAGAGGAUGACAUGGAAUUCGACUUGUUCGAUUAGCCGGACUCUGUCGCUCUACAACAUCAAUUUUUUGGCGAGAGGGCGAUACCUGAUCAUCGCUCUUAUCAAGACGAUGACAACCAAGCUUUUCACCGUAAUCCACAUUCGAGCUCAAGAUACCACAGCACAGCGACAAAAGCUCCGUGGCUUGAGCGCUCUAAGAAGUGCUGUUACUUCGCUUGCCUUUAAGUAGGGGAGGAGUCUUGACCUGGUGUU